AGGGACCGCGCAAGCCGUGGUGUGCGUUUUCCGGUCUGCAAUCACCAUCUUCCUCAUCUUUUUUUUUCUCGCUCUCGUACAUCUCUGUCAUCACCUACAUAUAUAGUUACAUUAUAAGGAAAAGAAGAACAUAAGAAGAAAAGAGUUCCACUUUAACGCAGCAAGGAGAGCACACACACAAAGGAACAGGCAAGCUCCUCUCCGCUCGCUUCACGCACUUCUCAUGCUCCGUCGGUGCCUUCUUACGCCCGCACCUCGCCGUGCGCCCCUCAUCGCCGCCCUGCCGUUCUGCGAUGGCUGCCGGCGAUCCUAUGCCACCGACCGCCCGCACCAAGGCACCCGCUCCUCAGCGAAGGAGCGGCGGUACUACACCGAGCCCCUCCGUGCCCCGCAGUCCGGCGUGCGCACCGUCGUGGGUCGCUUUGCGCACCCGUCAGGUGUCACUGCGCCGCCUGCGUCGGCCGGUGUCUCACGUAGCUCUGGUCCCCACGCGGGUGUGACGAACACGGCGGUGAACACCACGGCACGGUGCCUGACGACUCGCUUGAACCCCAAGACGCAGCUGAUGAAGGUGCUUGCGGCGCACGGCCGCACAGUCCGCUACGACAGCGCUGGUGUGCCGGUUGAAGGGUCGUGGUAUCUGCUGCCGUGGCACGAGCAGAUGCGCAUUCUGGCCGCGGUGAUUAGUGCGCUGUGCAUCACCAAAGCCUUCUUCGACGGCGUGCGCUUCGAGCUGCUGUACUACGGUGUGUGGAAGCUUGGCUACCGCAACAACGACUCCUUGAUGAAGCGCGUGCUGUACUACGGCUCCACCGCGCUCCUGGCAGCUGGCCUCUUCUUCAGCUUCAAUUUGAACUUCUUCCUCUCUGCCUGGUUGGUGGGCAGGCGACAGAUGGCUGCACAUAUGAUGAGCCGCGGCUUUUCUCACCUAUUGCCGCAGCGUGUGAUGCAGUUGAUGGAGCGUCGUAUGAAGUUCAGUCUUGUCUAG